GCCGCGAUGAUGUUGACGCAUGACGUUUGAGCUGAAGUUGUAGGAGAGAUGUGGCUAAUGGUAACGGGACGAGUAGGUUCUAUUAAAACCUCGAAGUGAAGUAAUUGCCACAAGACAUAGACGGGGGUGAAACAGGGACAAGAUGUUGGAGUCCUAUGUCACACCGCUCCUAAUGAGCUAUGUAAACAAGUAUAUAAAGAAUCUGAAGCCAUCUGACCUGCAGCUGUCUCUUUGGGGAGGAGAUGUGGUGCUCAGCAAGUUAGACCUGAAACUGGAUGUACUGGAACAGGAGUUAAAGCUGCCCUUUACGUUCAUGAGUGGUCAUAUCCAUGAACUGCGUAUCCAUGUCCCCUGGACUAAGCUGGGUUCAGAGCCUGUAGUCAUCACCAUCAACACCAUGGAGUGCAUUCUCAAGCUGAGGGAUGGAGCACAGGAUGACCACGAGAGCGGCUCUAGCUCCACCAGUCGCAGUGUCUCAGACAGCUCCAAGGCUGUGGCUAAGCCCCGCCGCCUCCAGCAGGCUGCCCCCAGCGACCCAGACCUACCCCCAGGUUACGUGCAGAGUCUGAUCAGGCGAGUGGUGAACAACGUCAAUAUUGUGGUGAACAACCUGAUCCUUAAGUAUGUGGAAGAUGACAUUGUGCUGUCAGUCAACAUUACCUCAGCAGAGUGCUACACCGUGGACGAUAUGUGGGAGAGGGCUUUCAUGGACAUCACUGCUCCAGAGCUGGUCCUAAGGAAAGUGAUCAACUUUGCAGACUGUACUGUCUGCUUGGACAAGCGGAAUGCUAGCGGCAAGAUUGAGUUUUACCAGGACCCACUGCUGUACAAAUGCUCUUUCAGAACACGCCUUCAUUUUACCUAUGACAACAUCAAUUCCAAGAUCCCAUCUGUCAUCAAAAUCCAGACCAUGGUGGAGAGCCUGAAAUUGUCCAUUACUGAUCAGCAGCUACCUAUGUUUAUCCGCAUUUUACAGCUGAUCAUUGCCCUCUACUAUGGAGAAAUCGGAGGACACAAGGAAAGCGAGGGAGAAGAGGGCAGUGGUCAUGUCAGGGAGGCUGGAGGAAUUUUACCUGCGAUGGAUGUGGAUGUUGAAAGCCCAGAGACCACCACAGACCUUUACAUGCAGUCUGGGUGUCCUGAAGAUGGAGACGAAGGCUGGGUGUCCUGGGCGUGGUCAUUUGUCCCAGCCAUUGUAAGCAUAGAGGAGGAAAGUGAGGAAGAUCUCUACCAGCAGAGAGAGGCUGGAAGCAUCCCCAACAGCCCCCAGCAAAACGCAUACAAAGAUCCCAUUGUUUCCAUAGGCUUCUACUGCACCAAAGCUUCGGUCACCUUUAAGCUGACAGAGACUCAUUCAGAGAGCAGCUACUACAGUCCACAGAAGGUCAAAUCCAGAGAGGUCCUGUGCCUGGAGCAACAGGGAAUCACUAUUGAGGUUCUGAUGAUGGGGGAGCCCUUCUUUGAUUGUCAGAUUGGCAUUGUUGGCUGCCGUGCCCUUUGCUUGAAAAGCAUCAUGGGAGUACGAGAUUUUGAGGAAAACAUGAACCGAAGUGAAGAGGAGACAGUAUUCUUCAGCUGUGGGGACAGCCUAAGCAGUAAAGGAAUGACUUACCUGACCAACUCCCUGUUUGACUACCGCAGCCCAGAGAACAACGGAGUCAGGGCUGAGUUCAUACUAGAGACUGCUAAUCACAAGGAGACCUACACGGAGAUAGCGGGCAUGCAGCGCUUCGGUGCUUUUUAUAUGGAUUAUCUCUACACAAUGGAGAACAGCAGUGGCAAAGGCACCCAGGACUUCACAGUUGUGAAUAUGGAGGAGGUAGUGCCCAUUGUUCAAGAAACAUCCAUCAAGAGGAUGGUGGUUGGACCUCUGGAUGUCAGGCUGCACAGCAGUGCUGUCCACCGCAUCCUCAAGAUGGUCACCUGUUCCAUGGACCACGAGUAUGAACCCUAUCAUAAACCGCAGCAAGAAGUGAAUGAGGAGACCCAUGGUCCAGCUAAAUCAGAGGAUAUAUCAAGCUUGGAGGAAUUCAUCCCAACGAGACUCACUUGUCUUACUCUGCUCCAAGUCUCAGUCACUGUCUCCAUGGCAGAGUUCAACCUCCUUCAGUCACUAAUGCCUGUAAUCAUGGGACACAAAGCAGCACCAGGACCAGUCUAUGUGCCAGUUUUUCAGCCAGUGCGUCCUCUACCUUCUGUGCAUUUUGAGGUAGAGAGGGUGAAUGUUGAACACUCAGUGCCCAUGUACGCUCCAGAGUUGGUCAGCACUGUCAGCAGCCUCAGCCAGCCUUCUGACAACCUGCUACAUCACUGCUAUGCACACCUCUACCUCAAGGUGUUUGGGUUUCAGGCGGGCUUGACAUGCCAGGACAGUACAGGGGCUUCCCUGCCACUUAUACCCAUUAUCCCUUCCUUCAGCACUGCAUUCUAUGCAAAGCAGAUUCAGAUGCCUGCAUACUGGAGCAAAAGGUCUUUGGUCCCCACCACAGAGUGUAUUUUCGAGCUUCCCCAUUUCACUGUACAGGCCACAAGGGCCCAAACGCUUUUGCUACAAGCAAUCUGUCAGAGUUGGACACACAGCAUGACGAAUGGAACCCCACUGACACUCAGCGAAAGCCUGCUCAAUGAGGUGUACAAAGCUCCAGGUGUGAAAUCUCUGGGCCCGUCACCGACUCUCGAGGGCUCGGUCCAAAACCUGGAGCUGAAGUUCUGCAGCCGUGCGACGGUGAAAUGCGCCUCAGGAACCCUGGGAGCUGUAAAAGUCUGCGCCAGGACCCCAGGUUCAGGAGAUGGGGUGAAGGACAAGCUGGUUCCUCUCAUUCAGGGGCCAUCUGACACCAAAGAACUCCAUAUGAGUCGCUGGCUUAAUGAGAUCCGCAAACCUGAAUCUUUGCUUGCUCCUGACCUGCUCGCCUUUUCUGUUCUGGUCCCUCAGCAAGGAGACAGUUGCAGGAACUCAGGUGCAGUACUGCUGGUCAGUGUCCAGGGCAUAGCCGUCAACAUGGAUCCAGUGUUCUGCACAUGGCUGCUAUACCAACCUCACAGAGGGAGCAGUAAGCACCAGAAUCCAGGUCCAGUUUCUUUGGCCAAGAGGAGAGAGGACGAGGUGUCAGUAGGGAGCACACCAUUUGCCAAACAACCCUCCAAUCAGGCCUCAGACUAUGCCAGCAGCCCGGUCAAAACGAAGACAGUCACAGAAUCACGUCCCCUGUCCAUCCCAAUGAAGGUGAUGCCUGACACCUCCACAUCAGAGUCAUGGACAACCUCAGAGGAAAGAAUGAAGGAGCUUAUUGCCCAUACCUGGGAUGCCGUAAAACGCCUUACUGUUCAGUUGGAGCUGAAGUCAUGCUGUGUGUUCCUGCCUAAUGACAGCCUCCCCUCCCCGAGUACCAUCAUCUGUGGGGACAUUCCCGGCACUGUCCGGAGCUGGUACCACAACCAAGCCUCCAUGCCUGGGACUCUGGUAGUCUGCCUGCCCCAAAUCAGUGUCCUCAGUGCUGGUCAUAAGUACAUGGAACCGCUGCAGGAGCUCCCCUUUGUGGUCUCCAAGCCAAUCCUGGAGGAAGGUGAUGCCUUCCCAUGGUCAAUAAGCCUCAGUCAGUUCAGCGUGUACACACUACUGGGGCAGCAGCAAAGCCUGAGCCUAUUGGAGCGUAUGGGCUGUACCUCCACACUGGCUGUCACAUCCCAUAAGCUGCAGAGCUGCUCUGAAGGAAGGCACUCAUUUGUAGUCUGUCUCCAUGUUGAUCUGCAGCCCGUCCACGUCAAGUGCUCCAACCCCCAGGUUCAACUCUUGUAUGAGCUCUUCCUGAGCUGGAGCUCUACGUGGGCCCGUCUUCAUAGGCAUGGCAUCUUGCGUCAGACCUCCAGCAUCCCAGAACCCCCUUCUGGUGCUGCACCAUCCUCCCCAAUUCGCAGCAGUGCUGGCACUGCCCUGCCUGACACCAGCACCUGCAGCCCCUCUGCAGAUUUUGGCUCCCCCACUGAGGGUGACUCAGUACCUGCUGCAGACAACAGUCCAUUCGCCGACACAGUGACUUUGGAGCAGAAAACAAGCAGUAUCGGUGGUACCAGCGGGAAGGUUAGCCUUUGGAUGCAGUGGAUGUUACCCAAGGUCACCAUUAAACUGUUUGCUCCUGACCCAACUGCCAAAAACACAGAGAUCUGCGUCAUCAGUGAACUAGAAGACCUGAGUGCCUCCGUAGAUGUCCAGGAUGUUUAUACAAAGAUCAAAUGUAAAGUUGGCAGCUUCAACAUCGACCACUACCGACGCAGUAUGGAGGAUGGUGUUCGGAGCUCAGGCAGCUGUGGAGGAGUGGUCCUCUCUUGCACUGACAAGCUGAACAGACGCACUGUGUUGGUUCGACCCGUCAGCAAGCAGGAAUCUUUCAGCCACUUCUCUGGCUUUUUCCCUCCUACGGCAUCCAAAGUCCUGGAGGGCUCUCACCAGCAGCAUGGCUUCCUGUCAAUCACCUACACUCAGGCUGUCACCAAAAAUGUCCGUCACAAACUCACCACUCGGUCUGAGCGGCCGACGCGCAGUAGUGCGACCACUGCCAACCAGCGGAUGACCACCGAUCCACUGGCCGACAGCUCACCUCAGUACCUGAGAGAAAUCCUGCUGACAGCCCAGCCUUUUGAUGUUGUGCUCUCCUGUCCAUUACUGGCUACUGUAGCAGGGGUGCUCCAGGCAAGGGUGCCAAGACGCUACAGAGAGCGUGGGAAGUCAGCUGGCCAACCAAUGAGAAGCCACAUGCUGACUUCUCGGUGUUUGCCUCUCAUCUACAUCAACACCAGUGUGAUCAGGAUCUUCUGUCCUGCAGUACAAGUCAAAGAUCCAGCAUCAGAUCUCCAAGUGAAACAAGAGGACACCCUGGUAUUAAAGAUGGGUUCCCUCAGCAUGGCUCCUCAGGCCGAUAACCCACUGACCCGCACUGUGCUGCGAAAAGACAUCUACCAACGUGCACUGAACCUUGGCAUCCUGCGUGAUCCAGGUUCAGAGGUGGAGGACCGUCAGUACCAGGUCGAUCUCCAGUCCAUCACCAUUGGAACAGCUCAUUGGGAGCAACUUAAGCCAGAGAAGGAGGGAAUAAAAGGUGGUGUAUCAGCAGAGAGUGAGAGGAACUCGCAGAACCCAGCCCUGGAGUGGAACAUGGCCAGCAGUAUUCGGAGGCACCAGGAGCGCCGGGCCAUCCUGACGCCAAUCCUGACUGACUUUUCUGUUCGAGUGACAGCAGCUCCAGCCAUCAUCUUCAGCAAGAGUCUCUCUCCAGACAGCGGAACGACAGAGGAGGUGGUUGUGUGCGGUCACUCUCUGGAGGUGAAUGUCACCAGCAGUCUGGAUUUUUACCUGAGCGUCAGCCAGCUGCAGCUCUUACAGCAGCUUGUCAGAGACAACACGGUGGGGAUAGACACUCCUGAGAAAAGUGCUGAGGUGCGUCGACAUGAGAAGAAGCAUGGCAGUCGUGACCCUGCGACGGCUGUUGACAUCUCAUCACGUCACAGUGGAACUGGGCAGGACAGCGGCUUUGGCAGCGACAGUGCUCACAUCCGCAUCGUCCAAAUAGAGCAGCAGAGUGGGGCCAGCCACCACUGUAUCGCUAGGCCCUCCCACAAGUCCACCAUCACCAAGAACCUCAACUUCAUCCCAUUUGACAUCUUUCUCACGGCUAGUAGGCUGUCUAUCAUGACUUAUUGCUCCAGUUCUUCAAAGGCCAUUCCCUCAUCAUCUGACAGCCCCAGCUCACUGGAGAAGAAGGAGGCUGAGCAUAAGGUGGGAAAGAGUGCCCUCAACCAGCCUGAGAUCCUGUCUGAGUCUCCUCAAGCCUCUGCAUCGCCGACUCCAGAACCUGCUCCAGCUGCACAGGAUUCCCUUGCUGGCCUGACAGCUGAGGACAUCUUCAACAGCAACACCUCACAGCCAGCCUCCCCGCUCCUGAGAGGCAGCCUGCUCUCCAUGAAUAGUCUGCCUACUCCCAGUCGCUCCUCAGCCCGCCAGGCGCUGGGUGUGACCAUAGUGAGGCAGCCAGGGAGAAGAGGGGCCGGGGACCAGGUGUUAGAACCUCUCCUGUAUCUCCAGGUGAUGCAACCAUCUGCUCUUCUCAGCUGCCACCACCGCAAGCAGAGGAUGGAGCUGUCUGUGUUUGACGUGGCCUUAAGAGGAGUAACUUCUGAUUACAAGUGCCUUGACCCAGGAAAGACUCUUCCAGAAUCUCUUGACUACAACGUGUUUUGGCUGCAGACAGUAGAAGGAGAAAUAGACGGUAAAACGGGCAUUCCUUCCCCACUGCUCUGCCUCCAGAUCAAAGAUUUCCUCAAUGGACCAGCUGAGCUGAACGUAGAGCUAUCACGUCCCCUGAAAAUCAAUCCUACCCUGGCGAAGCUGGAGCAGGCCAAAGCCUACCUGAAAAAAGUACUGCCAAACCAUGUGUGGGAUACCUCCAGUCAUCAACAGUCUGCUUCCUCCACACCUCAUUCCUCUCCUACGAGGAUGCUGCCCAGACUCCCUCUCUCCCAUUCAGACCCUCACCAUCAGGCCUCAGCUCUGGGUAAAACCAGCAACAUCAGGAGCCUGGCGUUGACCUUCCAUAAGGUCUCUAUCCACACUGCCCAGAUUGUUAUUGUCAUGGAGACAGAGUCUCAUCCAAAGAGGCCCAGCGUGACAGUGUCAGUGUCAGCCAUGACAGGAAGUCUGAACAUCAAGUCAGGGCCUCGGAUAGAAGUUCAGUCUUCCUCCGUGCUGCUGGAGCUGCAGGAUUUGUUGGUGAGAACUGGGCUAAAGGACCGAAGCCAUCUCCUGCUGGGGCCAUUCUCCUGCAGCACCUCCCUGGAGGCUCAGUGGUGUCGGCACAGCGGCAGCCCUGGACCUGAGCCCGGGCCCCCUAAACUGCUGCUGGACCUGAAGGGCAACCUGCUGCAGGUCUUUUGGGGACAAGAGCAUCUGAAUUGCCUGAAUCUUGUGGAGGAGCACCUCCGGGCAUACCUUCACCUUCAGAAAGAGGAUUCAGCCGAUUACUGCUCCAAGGGCAAGCUCUACCACACACAGCCGCCUCCUUCUCCUGGCUCUCCCUCUCCUCAGACAGAGCACAGCUCAGAUGACUUGCGUAAUGGGCUUUUUCACUACAUCCAUGACUCAGCGUCCCAGAGAUUACCAGGACCCCAUGAGGUGAUGUUCUACAGUGAAACAGAGGACAGCCCGGGGGUGAUGCUUUGGAAGUACCCUGAACCCCGUGUCCUCACAUUCGUCAGGAUAACUCCUGUACCUUUCAACACCACAGAGGACCCUGAGAUCAGCACAGCUGACCUGGGGGAUGCCCUGCAGGUACCAAGCAGCCUGGAGUACUGGGAUGAGCUCCAGCAGGCCUUCGUUCCAUACCGGGAGUUCAGCCUGUCAGAGAGCAGUGCUUGCCAGCUGCAGCUCCCCAGCCUCAGCCUCACUGACCAACAGAAGGAGCUGGUGGCUUCAGACCUAUGGAGGAUAGUCCUCAAUAAUAAUGGAGAGGGAGGAGAUGAGCAAAGUUUGGACAGUGAGUGUGGGUCGCAGGUACCCUGCGAUCAGCUGGUGUCUCCAAUGGCGCUGGCAGCUUGCACCCGUGUGGACUCCUGCUUUGCACCCUGGUUUGUCUCCUCCCUGGGUGUCUCCCUACAACUGGCACAGCUGGAAGUUCACCUCUGCCACCACCUAGAACAGCUGGGUACAGUUCCAUCUCGGCAACUUCGUCCCUUCCUGCCAGACAGGAAGUUACCUCAGGAGCAGGAGUUCAUGGUGGUCGGCGCUCGGGAGCCAAGGGUCUUCUUGCGCCAGUGGAACAAUGGACCACGUCACUGUCAGGAGUUUAGCUUUUCCACACAGGUGGACUGCAAGCUGCUGGAAUACAGAAAUUUAACACACCUUCAGCUUCUCCAGCCUUGUGUACUACAGGGUCAGGCUGCAGCCACCAGCUGCCCAGAGAGCACCACCUUGGAUGUGAAAGUGUUUGUGGACCCUGUGUUUCUCAAUAUCAGCCAAUUUACCAUCCACACCAUGGACACUGCCCUGCACAGCUGGCAACAGAAUGGGAACCCGGAGGCUGAGGAUCUGGUCUACAGCCACUAUGUGAUCUGUAACGACACCCAUGAAACACUGCGUUUUGGUCAGGUGGACACAGAUGAGAACGUGCUGCUCGCCAGCCUCCACAGCCACCAGUACAGCUGGAGAUCCCAUAAGUCCCCUCAGCUGCUGCACAUUUGUAUUGAGGGAUGGGGGAACUGGCGCUGGUCAGAGGCCUUCAGCGUGGACAACGUAGGGACUCUGCUGAGGACCAUUCAGUACAAAGGACGCACUGCCUCACUCAUCAUCAAGGUGGUGCAGCUCAGUGGUGUCCAGAAACAGGUAAUAUUCUGUGGGCGGCAGGUAAUGUGCAGCUACCUGUCUCAGGACAUUGAGCUCCGAGUGGUGCAGCACUAUGUGGGGCCUGACAGUCAGACAGUGGUUAGGGAACACUGUGAUUGCCUGGAGGCUGGGGCCAAGUUGCCUUCCUAUGUGCUGGAGGACACUGAGAUGACAGAGCUGUGUGUGAGGGCUCGAGGAGAUGAAGACUGGUCCCAGGACGUUCAGCUGGAGAGGAGGAACCGCGGCAGCAGCAGCUCUGUCGUACAGGUUCCUUGUUCCAGUGGUUCUUUACUCUAUGUGUGGUGCACUCUCAUCACCAUUGAACCUGACUCUCACAUGCAGCAGAGAGUGGUUGUGUUCAGUCCACUUUUUGUCAUGAGGAGCCACUUGCCGGAUCCAGUCAUUAUCCACAUAGAGAAGAGGAGUCUGGGACUGAGAGAGAGCCAGCUGAUACAUGGACAGGGCCACCAGGAGCCCCUGUUAAACACCGAGGCUGACCUCACCCACCAUCUCACUUUCCAGGCCAGGGAAGAUGAAGAUGCUUCUUACUGCGCUGUGCCAAUCUCCACCAACCUGAUCAAACAAAUAGUGAAUAAGACUGAAAAUGAGGACAACCUGAAAGACAUCCUGGCUGAUUUCUAUGGUCCGAAGACCUCUACUGAGCUGCCGUGGCCCUACAUCACCAAAGAUACUGACAGGUCAGUGCUGGAGCCCCUUGCCCAGUGGGACAGUCCCAUGCAGGUGAAAUUGUCCUGCUGGAAACCUGGCCUAAACACCCUGCUGGUGGAGCUACUGCCCUGGGCUCUGUUAGCCAACCACUCCAAAUGGGACCUCUGGCUUUUUGAGGGAGAGACCAUUGUACUCCAGAUACCAGCCGGCAAAGUCAUUGUACCGCCCAACUUCAAGGAAGCCUUCCAGAUCGGUAUCUACUGGGCCCUCACUAACACCGUCCACAAGUCGACAGCAUUCAAACUAGUCCAUGACUUGACUUCUCCUCGAUGGAAAGAGGGAUCAGGAUCAGAGGUGGUCACUUUGGAUGAGGAGGGAUGUGUAGAGGCAGACAUCUCCCUGGGAGCCUUCCCUGGAAGACAGAAGCUGUGUCAGUUCUGUGUGUCGUCUGUGGUGAGAAACGGCAUCCAGAUCCUACAGAUCGAGGACAGAACGAUUCUUGUCAACAACACUCCUUACACAGUACAGUGCAGGCCUCUGCUGACUGACCACGCACUGGGAACUGAUGACCAGGCCUGUGAGAUACAAGAGACGUCUGUGUUUAGCCUGGCUCCCUCUGAAGAGUCCUCCCUGGCCAAGCCCAGCUCAGUGCCAUGCUGGGACCUCCUCCAAACCAAUGUCCAGGGAAAGGUGGAGUACCCUUUGCCACUCAGAUACAUGCUCUUCAGCUUGUUUCCCAGGCCUGAUGCCGGAGUUGGAUCUGCAGCAUGGAGCCUCCCUGCUCCCAUCCAUCCAGACUUCCCCAGGCAGAGUUUGUCUGUUCCUGUGGGACCAAGCUCUGGGUUUGGCCUUAGCAGCAGAGCCAUAGUACUUACAUAUCAGGAACACCUUGGGGUGACCUACAUCACUCUGAAUGAGGACCCCUGUCCACGCAUGCUGAUCCACAACAAGUGUCCUAUCCCUCUGCUGCUGAAGGAAACUGUCAAAGAAACUCCAAGGACUGAGGUGCACUGCCGUCCUCUGCCUGCCAACUGUUCUCUGCACCAUGAGCUUCAUCACCACUUUUCCAGUUUCCCUGAGUGUAGGCAGAAAGACAUGUUGCCCACACUGCUGCUGAAAACCACCUCAGACCACAGCACCACUGACUGGACUGACCCCAUAAAUAUCAACUGCCUCGGCACUCAGGUGGUGUUCCUGCCUGGUUUUGGGUGUCUCUACAUUGAUGUCGUGCAUGAGAGGGGUAUCCUGGUUCUGUCUCUGGCACCAGAGGGCAGUGUGGACACUAUAAUCAACCAGCACAACAGGUCUUUGAAGCUGUCCUUCAGAGUUCUCCUGAGUGAGACCAGUGUGGCUUUGAGUGAUGACAUCACGAGUCCCUCUGGUUCUGUGGAGCUGCUUAGACUCACGUUGACUAAGCUGCUCUUCAGUCUGGCUCCAGAACCUACGUCCCUUCCCCUGGAGCUGAAAGUUGACCCUGGCCUGGAAACAGCAUCCAUCUCGGCUCUGAUGCCUGAUACCUCUCUGAUUGAGGUCUUCUGCUCCACUCUGCAAAUAGACAACCAGCUUUAUAACCGGGCGAGUUUCCACUUCCCCGUGCUGCUGUGCCAGGAUCAGAGAGGGGGAGUUGAUCCCGGGGGUCCAUGGAGCAGCGAUGCCAGCCCCACAGAUUCUCCUGAAGCCCUGGAGGAGUUCAAACACUCCUGUUUUCUGCAGCUCAGGGUGACGCUGGCUGGAGACAAAUGCACUGUGGAGGAGGUGAACUUCCAGCUCCAGCCUGCCAGAGUCUACCUUGAAGACACCUUUGUUUACUACAUUAAGACCCUGUUCUACACCUACAUCCCUGAUAGAGCUAUAGCCUCAGCUACAGCAGAGAGCCAGAGGAGUAGAGAGUCUGGACCAGCCCCCACGCUCCCUGAACAGGUGCUUCAGUCGCUGCAAGCGUUAGUCAACCCAGUGCGGCUGCAGAGGCUGACCAUCCAGCCGGUCAACCUGCUGGUCAGCAUCCAUGCCUCCCUUAAGCUGUACAUCGCCUCAGACCAUACUCCACUCUCCUUCUCUCUGUUUGAGAGAGGGCCACUCUGCACCACAGCCAGGCAGCUUGUCCACGUUCUGGCAAUGCACUAUGCUGCUGGAGCCCUCUUCAGAGCUGGUUGGGUGGUGGGGUCUUUGGAGAUCCUUGGCAGUCCUGCUAGCCUGGUGCGGAGUAUCGGUAACGGCGUGUCAGACUUCUUCCGUCUGCCUUAUGAGGGUCUGACCCGAGGACCUGGAGCCUUUGUCAGUGGGGUGUCCAGAGGGACCACCUCUUUCGUCAAACAUAUCUCAAAAGGUACGCUGACGUCCAUCACUAACUUAGCCACGAGUCUGGCCAGGAACAUGGACCGGCUGUCUCUGGAUGAGGAGCACUACACCAGGCAGGAGGAGUGGAGGCGACAGCUGCCAGAGAGUCUCGGGGACGGACUGAGGCAGGGGCUGUCACGACUCGGCAUUAGCUUGUUAGGAGCGAUAGCAGGCAUUGUUGACCAGCCCAUGCAGAACUUCCAGAGGAGCUGGGAGAUGCAGAGCUCAGCUGGUAGCAAAGCCAAAGGCGUAAUCUCUGGAGUGGGGAAAGGCAUUGUGGGUGUUUUCACCAAACCCAUCGGUGGAGCUGCUGAGCUGGUGUCUCAGACUGGAUACGGGAUCCUCCAUGGAGCAGGACUGUGGCAGCUUCCUAAACAACUCUACCUGCCUGUAGAGGAGAAGUCGGCUCAAGCCCCAAACAGCCACCUUAAAUAUGUCUGGAAGAUGCUUCAGUCUCUGGGGCGACCGGAGCUCCACAUGGCCCUGGAGGUGACCAUCGUGAGUGGUUCAGGUCAGGAGCACGCCGGCUGCCUGCUGCUCACCUCUGAGGUGCUGUUUGUGGUCAGUCUCAGUGAGGACACACAGCAGCAGGCUUUCCCCAUCACAGAGGUGGAGUGUCAGCAGGAGCCAGGGCAGGAAGGCCAGCUCACCCUCACUUUACAACAGCAGACAGUCACAAGUGACACAGAGGGGGACGGUGUUCGUGAGCGUCUGUCAGAGCAGCAGUAUCAGCGGCUGGUGGAUUACGUGACAAGAGCCUCCCAGUUCCUCUCCCCCUCCACUGCCUCUCUCCAGCUGCAGCCGCCAGUGACACUGGCUGAGCCACCGCCCACUGUCACCAAGUCUUACCGCUACCUGGUGGAUCCUGCCUUCACCAAGGUGUUUGUCAGCAAGUUCCACAUGGUAAAGAAUAAAGCCUUGCACAUUGGAUUCCACUGAUACACAUUCAGUCAGUGGCUUUCUGAAAUUCAUACAUAUAAGAUCAGACCUUUGUUCCAACUUAAAAUAUUUUUGGAUACACACUACUUUGGCUCUGAAAAGAUUAUUUAUGCAAACAUAGCUGUUGAGUUAAAAUAACAUUUUUGUAAACUCCACCUGAUUAUCCACACCUUUAAAAGAUACAAGAAACAUUACACAGCUACAGAGGAAAUCUGACCAUUCAGAAUCUGUUUUAAUCAAGGUGACAUAAGUUAAGACAUUCUUUUUUGCUCAGACAUUUUGACUGUAGCCAACACUAAACAAGUAUAUGUGUCAAAUUAAACCAAGGACUUGUUCAGUCGGUGUGAAACCUCUUCAGUGUUGCAGAUAGAGACAUCAUUCUCUUUCCUUUCUAUCCAAACUCUCUGUUUCACUCUACAGAAUAAGGUCUUGGUGUUUACUGUCUCAUGUACAAGUACAAUAUUAUUUACAUCUUGAUGGAAGCUCAAGAAUCCAGCUGUCAACCAAAAUGUUUUUAUAGAUGUGACAUAAUUGUUGAAAAUUUUUCUUUGUAACCUUACAUUGAUGCCAACAUGAUAUUGUGCACUUUUGAGUGUAAAUUAAGUCUAUUGUGUUCAAUGUAUAUAAAUGUAUAUUAAUAUAGAAAAGUUUUAUUAAAAAAUAUUAAACAUAA